UGUACAUUUGUCUGGCUAAGAACAUAUGUACAUACCUACAUCUGCUUUGGCAACACCUUCAUUUCGUUGUACAAAAAAAAAUAAAAACGUAAUUAAUAGUGGAAAUAACUGAUAUGGAGAAUACCAGUGUUCUUUCAUUGAUCUCGCUCGAAGCUGAGGAGUCGACGAGUGAUUUCGCUUGGAAUGUCAGCUCAACUGCAUCGCCAAGUGUUAUUGCCCAGCCGCUCGCGCUCUAUCACAACCGCCGCCGUUUCUUAUUCAGCGGUAUUGUACUACUGCUCGGCGUUAUUGGAAAUUCUUUGGCGCUGUUGAUUUUGGCGCGCAAAAAGGCUACUAAAAAUAGCAAAUAUACGUUAAUGUUGCGUUGCUUAGCUUCAAAUAAUCUUAUCGGCCUACUUGGCAUGCUGUUAACGCUGUUGCUCAAAGUUUACGUGCCUGAUGAUAAGUUUAAGGCUUAUGUGCGUUGGGAUUGCACCCUAAAGGUGUUGUGUCGUUUCUUCGGACUUAGUUCCGGCUGCAUUGCGGCGGUCAUGGCCAUUGAACGUUGGAUGGCUUUGGCGCGGCCUUUCAUCUAUCAUAAGCACAUCACUUACGAGCUUGUACGAAAGACCAUAAAUUCGUUGGUGCUCAUCGCAGUCAUUAUAACGUUUUUGCCGUUUAUUGGUUUUGGCGCCUACAUCGAUGAGAGUGAUCCAGAAAAUCCGAAAUGUUUGCGUUAUCGGGAUGCAGAAGGUUUCUUGAAUAAAACUUACUCGGUGUUGUUUAUGCUUUUCGGCACACUUUUGUGCGUCGUAAUUGUUGCUUGUAAUUUAUUUGUGACGCGCGUUCUUUGCUUCAUCGGACGCACCCGCACGACCAAACGGCACAUGCACUACGAUCUGGUGAAUCGGGAGAAGGGCAGCAUCCAUCGCAUCGAAGGCGAACCAAACAGCGGCUCGUCAUUGUAUCAUCACCACAGCAAUAGUGUCACAAUGUCAGCAGACGCAUCCCCUGAUGAGAUAAAAUUCGCCAAGUUAAUGGCUUUCCUCAGUAUUUCGUUCGUGAUCUGUUGGAUGCCGCAAAUGAUUGCCAUCCCCAUGGCGAUUUUACCGAAUCGUGUGCCCAAGGCGCAUCCAUUCUUCAUUUUGGCCGAUGUUUUAAUGGCACUGCAUUUCACCUCCGACCCAUAUAUUUAUGUACUUAGUCGCACCAAACACUCCUACAUAUUGGGCUGCAUCAAGCGCUGUCGCUGCGAGCUGCGACGCACGCAAAGCGACCAAAGUCGGCUACGCACCACCGUGGAACAAAAUACAACGGACUGUGCGCUGAACUGAGGGUCGGUGCGAAGCGCCCAGUCGACGGGGCGUAUACGCAUUACGUAUUUGUAGAGAAACGAAUUUAACCAGUACUAUACUUACAUACAUACAAAAUAAGUUUAUUAUCACUUUUGUGAAAUACUUACGUUUUUUUUAUUAUAGUCCUCCAAUAUGGACGAAACGAAAAGCAUUCCGAAGGAUCAAAAUUCAAAAAUAUCAAUAGAUAUGAUAAAUAUGUAUGUAUGUAUGAAAGUUUUCAGUGUAUUUUGAAAAAAAAAAAAAAGAAAACUAAGUUAACUGAUUUGCAUUUUAACACUAAACCUGCCGAGAGUAUGCUGAAUACAUACAGUGCCGAACAGAAGUAUUGGCACAGAUUUUUUAAAAAAA